CAAAAUAAUUCCAAUCCUUUCGGAACGGAAUUUAUCUGUCAUCUGUCACUGUCUAAAAUUGAAUAAUAGCAGUAGCUGGUAAUUCUGGAUUUCAUAUUUACAAAAUAAAACCGUAUCCAUUUUGUUAUUGUUUACGUUUAUCGAAGCUGUUGCGAAAACUAACAUGUCUCAUUUCUUCUCUUACUUAUAGCUCUCGAAUAAUCGUAGACUUGUAAGAUUAAAAAUGAUUAAGUUCUGGAAAAGCGCUGCAAAAGGUAAAACUGGAUGCCCUGUGCGACCUCCGGAACUAAAUGAUACAAAUAAUGUGCAGCUCAAAACUCCUAUAAAUUUAGAAAUAGGGGUUAAUGUAGAAGAUUUAGCAAAUGUAUUCGAGAAAAAAUCGAAAUUAUCUUUGAAUAUACAUGACAUACUGAUAGAAAAAAAAUCCAUUAAACAUUUUAUUUCCUUUAUGGAAGCAAUAGGAAAACUCGAAUUGAUUAAUUGUUGGUUAGAAUUGGAUAAAUUUGAAACCAAUAUCCAUAAAGGACUCAAAGAAACGCUGCUUGAAAAUAAUAUUGAGAAAAUGAAUAGUUGUCAAUGUGAAUGCAACAAACUUCCAAAUGAUUAUAAAGAUAUGAUGUCACAGACAGUUAGUUUAUCAAAAAGUACUAGUAAUUUAAGCCAAUAUAAAUCUGAAAUAAGUAAGAAUUCACUUAGUUAUUGUUAUGAAUCUGAAAAUACAUUGGAAACAUGUAUAACAUGUGGAAAAUUUAUUAAUGUAACGCAAGAAGCUGUUAAAUUGUUUAAAAGAUAUAUAGCACUUGAAGCCCCACAUAAAAUAGAUCUUCCUGAGAAUGUUAGGAAAUGUGUAAUAUCUAACAUAUGUCAACCAGGAGGAAUGAUUAAGAAAGACUGUUUUAAGCCAGUACAGGACACAUUGUUCUUAAUAAUACAAAAUUCUUAUAUUGAUGAUUUUUUGAUCAGUCCUUAUUAUAUUAAGGCGCAAAUAGAUAUAUUGACUGCUGGUUCAAUUAACCUACAAGAUAUAUUGUAUAAUGAGACAAUAUUAUUUUAUUUUACGGAAUAUUUAGAACAAGAAACAUGCUCUAUAUUCUUGGAGUUCAUAAUGGCAGUUAUGCAUUUCAGAGAGAAUCUAAUUAAUAAUAAUUCUUCCAAUGCUGAGCAGGCACAAGGAGAUGCAAUCGUGCUUUAUGACAAAUAUUUUUCACUCCAAGCAACAAAUCCCAUUGGCUUCCCAACAGAAAUAAGAUUACAAAUUGAAAGUGAUAUAUGCAGAGAAGGUGGCCCACUACCCACAUGCUUUGAUUUACCUUACAAAAUCAUAUUUAAAACAUUAACCAAUUAUGCAAAACUAUUUCUUGGGUCCGAGGUAUAUUACAAUUAUCUUUCGGAAAUGAUCAAUUCUGUUGAUAAUUUAUGGAAUUCAAAAUUUAAAUCUCAUUCAGACUGCAGUAGUGAAUUUAGCAUAAGUACUCAAAAUACUCUUCUUGCAAUGGGUGACCCUUUUUACAAGAAAAAACGUAAUCACUCUGUACCUGAUAUGACCAUAGAUUCAAACCAACUGUAUAAUGCUGAUUCAUUGUGGCAAAGGAAAAAACAUGAUGGAUUAAUUCUUGGAAGAAUUAACAGUCUCGGUAGAUUUGAAUCUAAAUUUGAACCAGAUCCAGAUAAAAAACACAAAUCAGUGUUAAAAAAAAUGGUAAGUCGUUUUGUACCAACCAAUUCAGGAGUCGAAGAAGAAAUGGCAUGGCAAGUUGCACAUAUGAUAGUUAAGGAUAUUACAGAUCUAACAAUGGCACCACCUGAAAAUGACCAUGAUGUCUAAAUGUGAUAUAGACUUGUUUUAAUUAAAUAUGUCUUUGUAAAUUGUAUAUAAAAUUAUGUAUUAAAUACUCAAUUAUUAAGUGAUUUUCUCGAAUGUACUGGUUUAUAAUAAAAGUGAAUUUAUUUUUAAAGCCAUGUGACACUAUCAUUAAAAAGUACCAUAUAAUAACUUCUACA